AUGCAUGAUUUAAUAAGAGAUCUGGCCAUUGGAAUUACAAGGAAGAGGCCUCUGUUUGUGGUCAAAACUGGGAUGGGGAUAAGCGGAUCAAUUGGUGCAGAAGAAUUUACUGAAGAGGUUGAAAGAAUCUCAUUAAUGAGAAAUCAAGUUGAAAUGCUUUCAGGUGAACCCAACUGCCCAAAACUCUCCACAUUGUUGUUGCAAGAAAACCCUCUCUUAGGAAACAUUUCUCAUGAGUUCUUCAAUCGCAUGAACAGCCUCAGAGUUCUUGACCUCUCUAAGACUAGUAUUGAGUAUCUGCCAGAAUCAGUUUCCAACUUGGAGAACCUGUGUAUGCUCUUACUAAAUGGUUGUAAGAGGUUAAGGGAGGUACCGUCCUUAGCAAAGCUGAAGCGUGUAAGGUUUUUGAACCUAAAUGACACUGGCAUCAAAGAAGUGCCAGAUGGGAUGGAAUGUUUGGUUAGCCUCAAAGAGCUUUAUGUUUCAUCUGUUGAAGGGACAAAUAGGAUAAAUGAUGGUGGUUGCAAUUCCUUAAUGCUUCCUGAUAGUAUUGUCAAGUUGAAUGUGGACAAAUGCGUGCUGUCAAGCUUACACUGCCUAACUCGCUUGCAACACUUACAGUCAUGUGACAUCUGGUGGUGUAGCAUGAAGUGGUUGUUGCCUAUAGGAGACAACAGCACCAUAAUUCCAUCUUUUCCCUCAAUACGGUCUCUGUUUCUAUUGGAUCUUCCAAAUUUUAUGGGUCUCUGUGAGGGAGUCUUGCUGCCUCCCUCAUUUGCAUGCCUUAAACUCCUGAGUGUCUCGGGAUGUCAAGUAUUGAAGAAUGUCAUGUCACUAGAAUUGUUUCAGCACCUCCAAUGCCUCGAACAAAUCAGUAUUACAGGAUGCAGGGAGAUGGAGGAGGUGAUAAAAGGAGAAGAAAGUGAUAACAACAACAAUAACAAUAACAUCAUCCUACUUCCUAACUUGAGGGAGUUGCGUUUGAUAAAUUUAGGGAAAUUGAAAAGCAUUUGUAAGCGGGUAAUCAUUUGCCCUUCCCUGAAUCAGAUUUGUAUACGAGGUUGUCAUCGGCUGAGGAAGAUCUCUAUUUCCUCUGGCAGCUCAACAUCUACUGUGGAAGGAGAGAUCUAUGGAAGCAAAGAGUGGUGGGAUGCAUUGGAGUGGGAUGAUCCCAACACCAAAGCACUCUUACUUUUUCUUAAUGAAGAAACAGUACGUGGAAUGAAAAGAAAAGCAGAUCAAGUAGAAGAGGUUGCAUCCACGUCACAGCAGCAAUAA